AUGAGUUCUUCAGAUGAAAAAACACCACAAAUUAUGACUCCAAAGAAAAAGAAUCCUAAAGGAAAACCUGUCUGUAGUGGUCAGAAAUUGAUCAUUAUCAACCACUACAAGUCGGUAUUGAACAAUAGCGGCAAGAUGAAGUUUCGUGAGCUCAUCACUCACAUUUCUGAAAAUCUUGGUAUUGGUUACCACACAGUUCGUAAAACAAUAUCAGAAUACAAUACUACAAAAUGUGUGAAAUCACCUAACCGAAAAAGACAAAAGCCUGGUAUUGUUGACAAAAUAGAUGAAUUUGAUAAGAACGCAAUACGCAGAAAAGUUCAUUCAUUUUGGUUCAACAAAGAACUGCCAACAAUUCCAAAGUUAUUAUCGGCAAUAAAUGAAGACGAAACCUUGCCAAAUAUUAAAAAGACUUCUUUAGGAAUAGUGCUUAAAAGUUUAAAUUUUAAAUAUACUAAACGUCAAAGAAAUAGUUUCCUUUUAGAAAGAAGUGAUCUGGUUGCUUGGCGUAGAAAUUAUUUGCUACAAAUUCGUCAAUUUCGAGAGGAAGGAAGACCAAUCUAUUAUUUGGAUGAAACGUGGAUUAAUGUUGGGGACUGUAGCACCAAAGUGUGGGUUGAUCAAACGGUCACAUCACAUAGAAUGGCAUUCCUGGAGGGACUGUCGACCGGUGCACCAAAUCCAACAGGCAAAGGGAAACGCUUGAUCAUCCUUCACAUAGGGUCUACCGAUGGUUUCUUACAACGUGGAUUGUUAUGUUUUGAAUCUAAAAAAAAUACGUCCGAUUACCAUGACGAAAUGAACGGGCAGACAUUCAAAGAAUGGUUUGAAGAAAUAUUGCCUCUACUCAAGGAUAACGCCGUUGUGGUGAUGGACAACGCACCAUAUCAUUCGGUAAAAUCAGAAAAGGUUCCAAAUAUGAGUUGGAAAAAGGCAGAUAUUGUUAACUGGAUACUAUUAAAAGAUGAAGAAAUUGAUAUCACCAAUAAGGCAAAAAGCGACCUCAUAGAAAUCGUGAAACGUCUCAAACCUAAGUAA